AUGGAUUGGAGCCUACUACAACCAAAUAGCGUCAAUUAUUUAUUAAGAAAUGAAUUGGGAUUUAAAAACCCAAGGUUAUAUUAUUAUGCUAUUAUCUCAAACUUCAUUUUAAGAUUUAGUUGGAUAAUUAUUGUGUUUACAAUACACAAACAUGAAUUUAGUUUUAUCAUUUCUUUUCUCGUCGCUUUUGGUGAAAUACUUCGUCGAUGGCAAUGGAAUUUUUUCCGUGUCGAAUACGAACAUAUUAGUAAUUGUGAACAAUGUCGUGCCAUAAAGGAUGUUCCGUUACCAUUCCCAAUACAAACUAAAAAUGAUAACGAUAUUAUAUUAGCACCGGAAAUCAUUGUCCCAGAAAAUAAUAAUGAUAAUGGGGUAUCGUUCGCAUCAAUAAAAAAUUUAUUUAGAAGACGUAAAAACUCUAAUGGUUCUAGAAGUUCUAGACAUUCGAAUCCUGCUUAUAAUUGGAAGGAUUUUGAAGCAAACCGAAAUACAAUGGAUUAUAUUUAUGCUGAUGAAAUAUAUGAAGUUAGUGAUGAAGGAGAUAACGUCUAUUUUAGAGAGGAAGAUAGUUACGCGAGCAGAAGAUUACCUCCUAUAAGCGAUUAUCAAUAUAAAGGUAAACAAAAAUCAACCGAAAUAUAA